AUGGACGGGGAUGAGAUUGUGCUGUUCAAGAAGGGCAAGCGCAAGGCUGCAGUGGGUGCGGAAAGGAACCUGAAGAAGAUUUCCAAACCCAGUGCUGGUGCUCAGCCUGCAGCGGCGCCUUUCGAGGACGUCAUGCCCGAGCGGGCUCUUGGCGAGGCCUCCACAAGCGGGCCGGCGGCCAGCAGCCCUGAAGAUGCGGACCUGACGUUCAAGGACUUGGGAGUCACGGACUGGCUGUGCAGCGUGCUGCAGUCGCUCGGCAUCACAAGGCCGACGCCCGUGCAGCGCGGCUGCAUUCCGGCGGUGCUCGACGGGCGCGAUGUGAUUGGCACGGCACAGACAGGCAGCGGGAAGACUGCGGCGUUCGCGCUGCCUAUAUUGCAGCGGCUGUCACGGGACCCCUACGGCGUGUUCGCACUCGUGUUGACGCCGACACGGGAGCUGGCGGUGCAGCUGGCGGAGCAGUUCAGGGCCUUUGGCGCUGGCAUGAGCCUGCGGGAGUGCGUGGUCAUCGGCGGCGUGGAGCAGCAGACGCAGGCGAAGCAGCUGGCGCGGCGGCCGCACGUCGUCAUCGCCACCCCCGGCAGGCUGGCGGAGCUCAUAGACACCGACCCGGGGCUGCGCAGGGGCUUCGCCAAGGCCAGAUUUUUGGUCCUGGACGAGGCAGACCGGCUGCUGGACCCCACCUUUGAAGAGCCGCUGCGGAGCAUCCUGGCGGCGCUGCCGAGCGACGACCGCCAGACGCUGCUGUUCAGCGCCACGAUGACGCAGGCGCUGGUGAAGCUGCAGGCCGAGAAGCUUCAGGGGGCCCACGUGUUCCAGGCCUACGCCGGGCUGCAGACCGCGGACAGGCUGCGGCAGGAGUAUGUGUUUGUGCCGGCCAAGGUCAAGGAGGUCUACCUGUACCACCUGCUGGAAGCCAUGGGCGAUCACCGCGUGCGCAGCGCCAUCGUGUUUGUUGGCACCUGCCGCGGCGCCCAGCUGCUGGCGCUGCUGCUCAGGGAGCUGGGGCUGCCCUGCGCCGAGCUGCACUCAGGCAAGUCCCAGCGCGACAGACUGUCGGCCCUGGCCGCCUUCAAAUCAGAGGCUGUCCCCUUGCUGCUUGCGACCGACGUCGCCAGCCGCGGCCUCGACAUACCGACCGUGGAUCUGGUCAUCAACUACGACCUGCCGGUGGCGGCGAGGGACUAUGUGCACAGGGUCGGCCGUACCGCGCGCGCUGGGCGCGCCGGUUGGUCCCUGUCGUUCGUGACGCAGUAUGACGUGGAGCUCGUACACGCCAUAGAGGGCCUGGUGGGGCAGCAGCUGGCGCCCUUUGAGAUGCCGGAGGAGGCGGUGCUCAAGGGCAUCACGCGCGUCUACGCGGCCAAGAAGCGCGCGGCGAUGGACGUGAUCGAUCUGGACCGCCGGCGGGACGGCAAGGGCGGGGGCGGCAGGGCCAAGAGCAGCGGCGGCAGCGGCAUGCGGGAAGGCGGCGGCGGCGGCAGCGAGCGGGCGCGCGCGAAGGAGCAGGGCACCAGCGGCGGCGGCAAGAGCAAGGGCUUGAAGAUCGGGGGAAAGAGCGGCAGGAGCGAGGGCAAGAGCUCAGGCGGGGACGGCAAGGGCAAGAGCAGUUGA